AUGGGGAAUAGUGAAUCUAUCACUGGUGGGCAGACAGCAGUUCUUGCUAAAGACACCUAUAUGUGGUACAGAAAAUUUAUGAUGGAAUAUCCAUCCGGUCUGCAAACACUGCAUGAAUUUAAGGCACUCUUGGGUCUGCAAGGUCUGGAUCAGAAGGCCAAUCAACAUAUUGAUCAAGUCUAUAAUACCUUUGAUAUGAACAAGGAUGGAUUUAUUGACUUUUUAGAGUUUAUUGCUGCUAUAAAUUUAGUUGUACGAGGAAAAGUGGAGCAAAAAUUAAAAUGGUAUUUUAAGCUGUAUGAUGCUGAUGGAAAUGGUUCUAUUGACAGAAAGGAACUACUGAACAUCUUCAUGGCUGUCCAAGCCCUCAACGGCCAGCAAACUCUGAGUCCUGAAGAAUUCACCAACUUGGUGUUUCACAAGAUCGAUGUGAACAAUGAUGGUGAGGCAGCUGCUCUCCUCUGCCUCAUUUUUCUCACAAAGAGAAUUGUCUUUAAAAGAAUUUAUCAGUGGCACAGAGAAUGA